AUGGCCAGCACCACAGCAAAUCCCUACGACAUCAUCCCGCAGCCGGUCCUCAGCCAGUUUGUCGCCGACCAGCCCCCAUUCCGGCUCGACCGCUCAAAUGCCCGUCUCGCCUUUGCGGUGCCUGACGAUUAUCCGGACCUGGUCGGCCUAACACAGUUCCUCGCCUACUUUGCCAGCUUUAUCGGUUUGGCCCAGACCGAAGCCGUCGCCAUCUCGGAGCUCCCGUCCGUCGAAGGCAGCAUUGUCGUCGAAUUGCUCGGGCCCGACAGCGAUGCCCACUCCCAGCCCAACGGAAACGAGGGCUACGACCUGUCUGUUGAUGCCUCCCAUAUCCGUAUCCGAUCCCGACACAUUGGUGGCGCUCGCCACGGACUCUACACCUUUGCCCAGAUGACCGAUGUCUCUUCGGAUAUCGCUGCCGGCGUCGUUGUGGACCAGCCCCGUUUUGCCUGGCGAGGCGUCUUGCUCGACUGCUGCCGCUCCUUUAUGGACAUCCCGUUCAUCUUGAGCCUGCUCGACAUCUUGGCCUAUCACAAAGUCAACCGACUGCACUGGCACUUGACGGAGGAUCAAGGAUGGCGAAUCCAGAUCGAUCGCUUUCCCCGCCUGACCGAGGUUGGAGCCUGGAGAUACGAUCCCACUGUCGAAGGCGGCCAAUACGGCGGAUACUAUACCAAGGAUGAUAUCCGAGCUGUGGUCGACAAGGCUUCCCUUCUUGGCAUCACCAUCGUUCCUGAGAUUGAACUCCCAGGACACAGCCUGGCGGCACUCGCCUCAUACCCGGAGCUGGGAUGUAUUGAUCCAGAGACGAUGCAGCACCGCAGCUACGCUACCGGCAACCUCCGUGGCAUCUACGAUGACUGCUACUGUGCCGGACAGGAAACGACCUUUGAGUUUCUCCAAGCCGUCAUUGACGAGGUGAUCCCCCUCUUCCCCGGCGACUACUUUCACUUUGGCGGCGACGAAGUAACCUUCCGCAGGUGGUAUUCUUGCCCGCUUUGCACAAAGCGAAUGGCAGAUCACGGUUUCACAACCCCUCAACAACUGCAGAGCUGGUUUGUCUCCAGAAUGGCGGGUUACAUCUCCUCAAAGGGCAAGAUCCCCAUAGGUUGGGACGAUAUCGUCGCUCAAGGCGCAGACGAUCUCCCAAGAAACGUCACGAUCCAGAGCUGGCUGGGCCCCCACGGAGUGCGAACAGCAGUCAAAUCGGGUCUGGAUGUCGUUGUUUCGCCCUACACCGAAACCUACUUUGAUCUGCCGGCGCUGCCGCAAAAUGAUCCCAAGGACGAGGGCACUGCCUACCACUGGAGUGUGCAUGUGCCCUUUGAUCGAGUUUACAACUUUGACCCUUGCCUGGCCGAUCUAACCGACGACGAACAAAAGCACAUCAUUGGAGUCGAGUGCUGCCUUUGGACUGAGCGGGCGCGACAGGCUGUCGCUUUGCGCAAACUCUUCCCGAGAAUCCUGGCAUUCGCCACCAAAGCGUGGUUUCCCAAGCCAAGCGACCCCGCUCGCAUGGCUGGAAGUCAAGAAAUGGAUAUCGAUCAAAGCGAGUCGGCGGGUUUGCUGGCAUUCGACCAGUUCAUCGGAGUGGUGUCCAAGACGCAUGUGCCAAAGCGACUGGUCGGCCGAUUCGGCAUCACCGACUUGCGCGAUGGUCUCACGCAAGGGACCCGAGAUCUGGACUGGCCUGGCUUGGAGUGCGUGGUCUGGACUUCGUGA